UGUUUGAUUUGACGCGCCAUUUGCCUUAAUUUCCAUAAUUCCAUUUACCUUUUUCAUUUUCAGAAUUAAAUUGCAGAGAAAUCUCAUUUUUAGAUCUUGGCUUGUGCAAUUUAUCUGAAAUAAAAUUCAGUUUCUUAUUCCUAGUAAAAUAAACAAAAAGUUUAAUCAACAAUGGCCGACAAUGACGAUCUUUUAGACUACGAAGAUGAGGAACAGACCGAAACCACCGUCGCCGAGACCACAGAAGCACCAAAGAAAGAUGUAAAGGGUACAUAUGUAUCAAUUCAUAGCUCCGGUUUUAGAGAUUUCUUGCUGAAGCCCGAAAUUUUGCGUGCUAUUGUUGAUUGCGGUUUUGAACAUCCUUCUGAAGUUCAACACGAAUGCAUUCCCCAAGCUGUUUUAGGUAUGGAUAUUUUAUGUCAAGCGAAGUCAGGUAUGGGAAAGACAGCUGUAUUCGUUUUGGCCACACUUCAACAAUUAGAACCAACUGAAAAUGUUGUCUAUGUUUUGGUUAUGUGUCACACCAGAGAACUUGCAUUCCAAAUCAGCAAAGAAUACGAACGUUUCUCAAAGUACAUGCCAUCUGUUAAGGUUGGUGUCUUCUUCGGCGGUUUAUCGAUUCAAAAAGACGAAGACAACUUAAAGAGUGUUACACCACACAUCGUCGUAGGCACACCCGGAAGAAUUCUUGCUCUUAUUCGCAGCAAAAAACUUAACUUGAAGCAUCUCAAGCAUUUCAUCCUCGAUGAGUGUGAUAAAAUGUUGGAACAGCUUGAUAUGCGUCGCGACGUGCAGGAAAUCUUCCGCAGUACACCACACGGAAAACAAGUCAUGAUGUUUUCUGCAACACUUAGCAAAGAAAUUCGUCCAGUCUGCAAGAAAUUUAUGCAAGAUCCCAUGGAAGUUUAUGUCGAUGAUGAAGCUAAACUAACUUUGCAUGGUUUACAACAGCAUUAUGUUAAGUUGAAGGAAAACGAGAAGAACAAAAAACUCUUUGAAUUGCUCGAUGUUCUUGAGUUCAAUCAGGUUGUAAUAUUCUUGAAAUCCGUUCAACGGUGCAUGGCGCUAGCACAAUUGUUGACAGAACAGAAUUUCCCAGCUAUUGGAAUUCAUCGAGGUAUGAACCAAGAGGAGCGUUUGUCGCGUUAUCAACAGUUCAAAGAUUUCCAGAAGAGAAUCUUGGUAGCAACAAAUCUAUUCGGACGAGGCAUGGAUAUUGAACGUGUUAAUAUUGUUUUCAACUAUGACAUGCCAGAAGACUCUGAUACCUACUUGCAUCGUGUGGCACGUGCUGGACGUUUCGGUACAAAGGGUUUAGCCAUCACAUUUGUUUCAGAUGAAGCUGAUGCUAAAAUCCUAAACGAAGUUCAAGAUCGUUUUGACGUAAAUAUUACAGAACUGCCUGACGAAAUUGAUCUAUCAUCUUACAUCGAAGGAAGAUAAAUACUUGUCAUAGAAAAUAAAAAAAAAUAACUUUAAAAAAAAAAAAAAACAAUUACGGUCCUGUAUUUUUAGAACUUUUGUUCUAUUAAAGAGAGUGUGACAGGAAACAAAAGUAAAAAAGGAGAUAUAAAAAAAUAAAGUUAAUUAAAAUAAUAA